AACUGUUUUCACUAGUUACUACAGCCUCAAAAUCUAUCGUACAAAUUCAAGAAAACAAAAUGAGCUUGGUCUUAAUUUAAGGUUAGGGUCAGACAAUGUUAGCAGGAUGGUGAAAGUUACAGAGUUAGGUUUAACAUCCAAUUUCAAGAAGAGAGUUUGUAGAAAUAGGCGGGGUUUAUGACUUUGUGGCUGCAGUAACUAGUGACGACAAAAAAACGGCCAUAAGUCAGCGGAGAAGAAUAACAAAAGCAGACGGUAAGAUUUAUGGAAAACUAGUUAACUACAGUAAUUAGCGAACUCGGUAAUCAAGGGUUAGUUGAAGUUUAACGUUGUUUCAAAUACUGUUAAACAACGCCAUAUGCCAACUUUACGCUUCACCGUCGAAAGUGCGAGAAAGUCGUGGUUGCUGAAGAAGUGAGCAAGUUAGACUUUUUUCUGUAAACAUGCCUUCUUCAGGGAAAGGCAGUGAGUGUUUGUGUUAAACUCCAUAGAGGUAAAUACAGUGACUGAUUUUGUUUAUAAUGUUACCAGCGUCCUGUUUGAUCAUGGGAGAAGUGUGUGUGCGGGUUGCGGUUCGGAUCAGACCUUUGCUUCCAAAAGAGGUGCUACGCAAUCAUCAGGUGUGUGUGCGCGUGGUGCCCGACAGUGCCCAGGUGAUGCUGGGAGGCGACCGAACCUUUUCUUUUGACCACGCCUUUGGACCGACUGCAUCGCAGGAUCAGUUUUACGAGUCAUGUGUCAAACCUCUGGUGGCAUCCCUCGUUGACGGCUACAAUGCUACAGUGUUCGCUUACGGACAAACCGGUUCUGGGAAGACGUACACCCUUGGCGGGGGACAUGUUGCAUCUCUGGUGGAGGAGGAAAGUGGGAUCAUUGGUCAGGUUGCAGCAGAUCUGUUUGUGCUCCUGGGGGAGAGGGCUGCAGACGUCAGGUCUGCAGCAGAUGUGAGGGUGUCCUACGUGGAAUUGUAUCGGGAGGAGCUCAGGGACCUGCUAGAGCUCCACACCGCACACAGAGAGCUGCACAUCAGAGAGGACGACAGGGGCAACACAGUUGUGGUGGGGGCCAGAGAGACUGUGAUUACCUCAGCUGAGGAGUUGCAGAGCGUCCUGGAGGCUGGCAAUGCCCUGAGACACACUGGCCCCACUCAGAUGAAUGAGCGCUCCAGCCGCUCUCACGCAAUUGUCACCGUGCAGUUGACUCAGCAUAACCACGACGACGGCUCUGUCCGCUUCUCUAAACUCCACCUGGUGGAUCUGGCUGGGUCGGAGCGGGCUGCGCGCACUGGAAACACAGGCCUGCGCCUCAAAGAGUCUGUCCACAUUAACACCGGCUUGCUGGCUCUGGGCAACGUCAUCCGUGCACUCUCUGACCCCCAUCGCCGUGGAAACCAUGUGCCGUACCGUGACGCCAAGAUUACACGCCUCCUCCGGGACUCACUGGGUGGCUCCGCCCACACACUCAUGGUGGCCUGCGUCAGCCCCUCCCACCACAAUGUCACGGAGACGUUGAGCGUGCUGCAGUUUGCUUCACGGGCACGCCACGUGAAGAACCAGCCUGGGUUAUGUCCUGCCAGGGCAUGUCCGGGCUGGCAGCCUGGAGAGGCUCGUGUGGAGGAGCUGGAGCAGGAGGUCCAGACUCUGAGAGAGGCACUGCGAAAGAGGGAUAAGACAGGGGGAGGGGUCUUUAUGACUGACAGCUCCGAACAGACCCCUCAGGAAGAGCGUGACCAAAGGGGUGCGGGCCUAGUGGAUGAGCCCCAGUACUACUGCCUUGCACAGGAUGCUGCCUUUAUAUUGGAGGAGCUCCAAAGUUCCACCCUGAGUCCUGCUCUGCAGCACCGCUUGCAGGAAUGGCUGGGGAGACACGAGGAGCUUAGCCACUCCUGCCACACUGACCACCAGCACCCUGUGGGGGACACAGGGGACAAGCCUCACCACAACACUAUCCUCCAGCUCAGACGAGAGCUCAGAAAGUGCCAGGAUAAUCUGGCUAUAGACGAGCAGGUGUUUGACCAGAGGGAGGCAGAGCUGCAGCAGGUGCAGAGGCAGGUGCAGACUCUGCUACAGGAGAAACAGAGACACCUCCAGUCCUUACAGGAGGAGAGGGAGCACAGACGCAAACAGAGCGAGCAGCUGGUAGAGCAGCAGCUGUUAAUCAAUCGUCUUCGUGGUGACCUCCUGACCUCCAGGAUGGCAUCCUCGGGAGCCUCGCUGGAAAUCGGCGCUUCUGAGAAGUCUGCGAAGAGACCUCACAGUGUUCCCCUGAUCAGCCAAGGCCAUUGUGGUACAAGGCAGAUCCACACUAGUCCUCCGGCCUGUUCGUUGGAGAGGGUGAUGGCUGCCUUUAAGACCCGCAGUCAGCUGCUUCUGGCACAGAUAGAAGAGAGAGACGAGGUCAUCUGCCCACAAAGAGAACAGGAGGAAGUGGAGGAGGAGGAGGAUCAGGGGGGGAGUAAGGGAUUCAGGCGCUCUAUGAACCGCACAUGGACAAGCAGACCGAACCCAGUCUGUUUUAACCAAAACCAGACGCAAAAUACUAGUUUGAACCAGAUUCAGGAUGGGCUCCAGUUACCUCAACUGUCAAAACUCCCUACAGAGCGAGAGGAGCGCAGAGUGAGGCGGAGUCAGACGGUGAAUCUACAGCGCCUACAGCAGGUGGAGACACAGAGCAGGGCUAGCCUGCAGACCAGUGGCUCCAGGGAUCAAUACAGGACCAAGGACCUGGGGACAGACAACAUGGCUGUCUUUCAAAAUGGAGCCUGUAAAGACUCGGAGGAAAAGCUGUCUGAGAGACGCACGUGGCUGGAGCAAGAGGAGGAGCGUGCUCUGCAGAGGAGGAGGGGCCUGCAAGAGCUGGAGGAGGAGCUGAGGCACAGAGAAGAAGUGCUGCAGCACCGAGAGGCCUGUGUCCAGGAGAGGAAACAGCUGCAGAUCAAGAGGCUCCGCUCCAGCCAGGCUCUGAGUCAGGACUUGCUGCGAGUGUCGGCUCGUCUGGGAGCUUUGGAUCAGGAGCUGGAGGAGAGAGGAGGUGUAAGGAGGAGACUGUCCUCCCCGGCAGCAGGGCUGUGUGGAGUGUCUAUGGAGGAGCUGCUGAAGGAGAGGGAGAGCCUGCGUCUGAGGAGGGACACCCUGGACAGACAGCUGAGAGACGGCAGGGUGCUCACGCCAGAGGAGGAGCAUGCUCUGCUGCAGUUGGAGGAGGCCCUGGAGGCGUUGGAUGCUGCUGUGGAGUUUAAGAAUCGUUCCAUCCAGGAGAGACAGAGUGAGCUCGGGGACACAUCUAACCCCGCCCAUGGAGACGAAGACGAUGACAUCAUGAGGGCGCUAAGGGAGCUACCGCUUCCAGAGGCCUCUGCACUGUUGGUCAAAUACUUCAACAAGGUGGUGUGUCUGAGGGAGUCAGAGCAGCGGCUGCAGCUGCGCUGUGAGGAGCUGGAGCUGCAGAGUGGAGAGCAGGAGGCAGUAACCAGGGAGAUGGAGGCAGCUCUACAGCGCCUCACUCUGGACACAGACCGGCGGCUCACUGAGCAGCAUCGAGAGCACCAACAUAGCAUACAGUUACUACUGCAACAGUGCCGAGAGGGUGGCUCAGGGAACAGUGGUCAGGCGGUCCAGGCUAGGCUGCAGCAGCUGGAGAGAGACCUGUUCUUCUAUAAGAACUCCAGUCGUGAGCUGAAGAGGAAGCUCCGAGAGCUGGUCACCAAACCCCCCCCAGGCUCCAGACCUGCAGACCCAGGGCAGGAAGGGGGCCAGUGAUGGAGCAGGGGACAGCCCCAGCCUGCAGACUCCCAGAGUGGAACUGGCCCCUGUCCGUCUGUCCCGUAGGGAGCUGAGGCAGCUCUCACCCUCUGACCCCCGAAGCACUAGGGUGCGCUCUACCAUGAGGGCCAGCAGAGGCUCAUUCCAGGAGGACUCCAUUGAAGUGCCCAGAAACACUUACUGACCAGGAGGCUCGAGCACAUAUCAACCACUUUUUCCAUUCGUCCACACUGAUCUGGAAGAAGAGGUCAGGUGAAUCUAAGUCAAAUAAGAUCAAUGUGGAUGAAGGAGAGGAAGCAAGGAACAGAAGCCACUAACUGUGAAACUGUUGACACGGCAACUGAUUCCACGGAGUGAAAACCCUCUCUGCACUUUACAGCACUAAAGUCUGACUGAAUUGCACUUCAAACUGCAGACUCAUCAGUUAGUCAGAGAUAGAUGAGCCCACAGCUAAAUGGAUAUCAAAAUAAUGUGUAUUAGAAAUGUGUUUUUUAUGUUUAAAUUAUUUUACUUUUAAAUAUGUCUUUGUUUAUAAGACAGUGUGUUGGCCGUGUUCUAGACCCUCGGGCCACUCCAAACUCUAAAGCAAGCCACUGGUCAUUCAUGCAGUAUAAUUUAGCUGUGAUUUACUCUUUCUUUGUGUGUGGUUUUGGUUAUUUAAGUGUUGAACAACUGUUGCCAUCAAAUUGAUUGGAUCAAACCUGUUAAUUUGCAUGAUUCACCAAUUCGAUCUACAUUUGUCUUUGCAGACUCCUGUUUAAUGUUAAAGGUGCUACUUGCAAUAGUAGCACCUGCUGUCCAAUGGUCAUUUUAAUUACUAGUACGCCAUUGAUUCUUGAAAAAUAUAACUUAUACAUGUAUAUAACUAAUAUAUUGGUCUAAUAUCAUAUUCCCAAAAAUGUUAGUCUGAUCUCAGUUACCAUGGCUGACACACAAGGCUAGUGAUCCACCACCACCCCUCAAACAGUUUUUGUGGCAAAACAAAAAGCUUAAGGAUCCAGUAGGCCUCAAAAUAAAAUAAAAUAAAAUAUAUAUUCAAACGUCAUUCUUGUUGGAGCCGUAAUUCAUGCCUGUGUAAUGUAGUUCUCAAGAUGAGAUGCAGAAAUAAAGCUACAUUAGAAAGGCAAUUGGAAAAAUACAUAUACCAUUUAAUAUAUAUAUAGUUGGAAGUUUACAUACACAUAAACUCAGUUUUUCACAAUUCCUGACAUUUAAUCCUCGUAAGAAUUCCCUGUCUUAGGUCAGUUAGGAUCACCACUUUAUUUUAAGAAUGUGAAAUGUCAGAAUAAUAGAAGAGUGAUUUAUUUCAGCUUUUAUUUCUUUCAUCACAUCCCCUAUGGGUCAGAAGUUUACAUACACUCAAUUAGUAUUUUGUAGCAUUGCCUUUAAAUUGUUUAACUUGGGUCAAACGUUUUGGGUACCCUUCUACACGCUUCCCACAAUAAGUUGGGUGAAUUUUGGCCCAUUCCUGCUGACAGAGCUGGUGUAACUGAGUCAGGUUUAGGGCCUCCUUGCUCACACACGCAAUUUCAGUUCAGUCCACAAAUUUUCUAUGGGGUUGAGGUCAGGGCUUUGUGAUGGCCACUCCCAAUACCUUGUCUCUGUUGUCCUUAAGCCAUUUUGCCAAAACUUUGGAAGUAUGCUUGGGGUCAUUGUCCAUUUGGAAGACCCAUUUGCGACCAAGCUUUAACUUUCUGACUGAUGUCGAGAUGUUGUUUCAAUAUAUCCACAUAAUUUUCCUACCUCAUGAUGCCAUCUAUUUUGUGAAGGGCACCAGUCCCUCCUGCAGCAAAGCACCCCCACAACAUGAUGCUGCCACCCCCGUGCUUCACGGUUGGGAUGGUGUUCUUCGGCUUGCAAGACUCCCCAUUUUUCCUCCAAACACAAAGAUGGUCAUUAUGGUCAAACAGUUCUAUUUUUGUGUCAUCAGACCAGAGGACAUUUCUUCAAAAACUACGGUCUUUAUCCCCAUGUGCAGUUGCAAACCGUAGUCUGGCUUUUUUAUGGCAGUUUUGGAGCAGUGGCUUCUUCCUUGCUCAGCGGCCUUUCAGGUUAUGUCGAUAUAGGACUCGUUUUACUGUGGAUAUAGAUACUUUUGGACGUGUUUCCUCCAGCAUCUUCACAAGGUUGUUCUGGGAUUGAUUUGCACUUCGCACCAAAGUACGUUCAUCUCUAGGAGACAGAACACGUCUCCUUCCUGAGCGGUAUGAUGGCUGCGGGGUCCCAUGGUGUUUAUACUUGCGUACUAUUGUUUGUACAGAUCAACGUGGUACCUUCAGGCGUUUGGAAAUUCUUGGAUGAACCAGGCUUGGCAGAUUUCUUUUGAUUUUCCAAUGAUGUCAAGCAAAGAGGUACUGAGUUUGAAGGUAGGCCUUGAAAUACAUCCACAGGUACACCUUCAAUUGAUUCAAAUGAUGUCAAUUAGCCUAUCAGAAGCUUCUAAAGCCAUGACAUCAUUUUCUGAACAUUUCCAAGCUGUUUAAAGGCACAGUCAACUUAGUGUAUGUUAACUUCUGACCCACUGGAAUUGUGAUACAGUGAAUUUAUAAGUGAAAUAAUCUCAAAACAAUUUUUGGAAAAAUGACGUGUGUCAUGCUCAAAGUAGAUGUCCUAACUGACUUGCCAAAACUAUAGUUUGUUAACAAGAAAUUUGUGGAGUGGUUGAAAAACGACUUUUAAUGACUCCAACCUAAGUGUAUGCAAACUUCCGACUUCAACUGUAUGUAUGUA